UGGGAUUAUUUUAUCGUAUAAGAAUUGGUAAAUGAUUUAGUCAAUCAAAUUUAUUUUAAUUACUUUUAAGUACUCAUAUCUUGUAUAUAAACAUUUACUCCACACAUCUGGUAAUUUACUCUCAGGGAGUGUAUGUGCAUUCACCUUGAAGCACAACCUUUCGUAACCAGCUCAUUUGUCCAAUCUUCAACAAACUUUCAAAACUAUUUAAUGAAAUAUUAAUCAACUUUACAUUGAAGUCAACAUUCUUUUGAAUAAAACUCAAUUAUCUGCACAGUAGAAAAAAAAUUGCUUCAAGAAAAUUUAUCCCCAUUGGAGUCAGUAAACACGAGUAUCCUCCCACUGGUUUUCUACUGUAUACUGUAGGAUCAUAUUCUCGUCUUCCUGAUUGUCAGUCGACGACAGCCACACAAAGAUCAACGACACAUAUUGGAAGACUGCAUUUAACUCUGUUGAUAUGACCAGUCACAUACAAAAUAACUCGAAUAUUCGAAACCUAAACAAAGCACACAGAGAAACAUCGCCUUCACAGAUUACCAACUGCACCAACUCUACCUCCGCUACCACUGACACCACAACAAUCACGGACAACAACAACAACGGCUACAACAACACCAGUAACCGGGAGAGUAUGGAAAGUCUACAACAUUUCGCAAGUUCAUCGGAGUUGGAAAAGUCUAGCAUAAUCAAUGAUAUUUCGUCUGAAAACAAAGAGAAUAGGACAAAUCUAAUUGUAAACUAUUUACCUCAGUCAAUGUCACAAGAUGAGAUGAAGGCUUUAUUUUCUAAAAUUGGGAAGUUAGCCAGUUGUAAAUUAAUUCGUGAUAAAGUGACAGGUCAAAGUUUGGGUUAUGGAUUUGUGAAUUAUGUGGACGCUUCAGAUGCUGAACGAGCCAUUCGACUACUAAAUAAAAUGAAGCUGCAAAAUAAAACAAUAAAAGUUUCUCUGGCCCGACCAAGCUGUGAUUCAAUAAAAGGUGCAAAUCUAUAUAUCUCUGGUCUACCCAAAUUUAUGACUGAAUCAGAUUUGGAGAAGUUAUUUCAUCCUUGUGGAAAAAUUAUCACCUCAAGAAUUCUUUAUGACACUAAUACUGGUCAAUCCAAAGGUGUAGGAUUUAUUCGCUUCGAUCAACGCCAUGAAGCUGAACUUGCCAUACAACAAUUCAAUGGUUACCGUAUAGGAUCAAUCGCAGACAACCCGUUGGUUGUAAAAUUUGCAAAUAUUCCUACAUCUGCCAAAAAUGGUGCAAAGGAUUCAAACUCUGCACUUGUAGCUUCAAAUAAUAGCAUCAGUAACAAUAGUCUUAAUAUUAAUAAUGGUAAUAUUGAUUACCAGUAUCAAAAUGCAACAACAGCUUUAUCCUCUCUACUGAAUUUUAACAAACUAGCCAUGGAAGCCGGUGAAUUGCAUUCAUUUUUAACUCCAGAGAUAUUGAAUAGUGAUUCACCCUAUGACAUAUUUAACACUUCAGCAAUGCCUCAGUUAAUAACAGAUGCAAAUGGUAGGCCUACACAACGAGUAGGUGGACCUCUACGUCAAUCGUCAGCACGCAAACUUCGAUUUAACCCUUUGGAAGGUUGUGCUAUUCCUGUACGUCUCAAUUCUUUUGAUAAUAUAAACAAUGAUGUUGUGACUAGUUUGACAUCAUCUCCAGCUGCAGCUAAUGGAUUACGCUUGAUGGAUAAAACAUCAAACUCUGAUAUAAAUGCAACGCUUUCAUUGGCAGCAGCUAUAGCAGCAGCCGCAGGAACAACAACAACUAACCAACCAGAUCCCUUACAAACACAACUAUUAUCCCAGUUAAAUCGGAGUCAGCAGACGAUACCAGGAAUGGUGGGUCUUACAGUACCAUGGCUCGGGAAUAAUACAGAACCAAAUGUGAACUCAAUGACAAGUCUUUAUCAAGCAAGCAGUUCCCUUGGGGAUCUAUUUUCUCAGCCUAUUAAUGUCCUAUCGAACAUUUCGUCGAACACACUUCCUUAUUUAACCGCACAGCUUGGAGCGACCAACACAGCACAGAUGAAUAUGAAUAUGGAAGCAAAUAAGCAUCAGAACUUGAGUUUGAUCAGUAAUUUGAAUAUUAAUCCAAACAGAUCAUCUUUUCCAGUUGCAGAUUCACUAAUGUUGAAUCAAUUGGUACCACAUUUUGACAUUAAUGCAGCAACUAAUAAACUACUGCAAAACAUUUCGGCUCAAGCAGUAGCAGCUAGUGCAAUCGGAACACCGACUAGCAGUUAUUUUCCAGUAAACACUACCGGUAAUCAUUAUCCCCCCAAUUCUUUAACAGCAUCAUCAUCCACAGUGUUGAGAAUUGAAGGCUUAGCUCCUGGGACUGAUGAGUCUGUUAUUUUACGAUUACUUUCCUCAUUUUCAAGUGUAAUGUCUAUACAGCUACUACCGACAAAAGAUACCGGCGAAAAAGAUGGGAAUAAUGCCCUAAUAAUGAACAACAAUGGAAAUGAUAAACAAGAAAUGAAAGCACUAGUUAUAAUGUCAGACCAUGAACAAGCAAAAUUAGCAAUGCAUUAUUUGAAUGGGUGUACACUACUGGACAGAGUACUGAGAGUAUCAAAUAUUGAGAAUACCAAUUAUAAUUUCAAUGAAUUCUCACAACCGACAAAUCCAAUGCUGAUGCAAGCAGGUUUGUUCGCUUCAAAAAAAUAGUCAAGCAAAUCCAAUGAGAUUAAUAAGAAUCAAAGGAAUUUACAACCAUUUUCAAUGUUUGAAUGUUAACACGUUUAAAAGACACUCGCGAAAUCGUAACGCACUUUGAGUGAAGACUGUAUGCAGAAGGAUUGUUUGCACACAAACAGGAACUCAUAAUCAGUUGAGUGUUUUUUUAAACAAAAAUAGAUCAUGUACAAAUUUGUUUUGGAAAAUAAAAUUAAGAUAUAACUUUCGCAC